AACUCGGUUCCUAUUGGUGGAUAUCACAAGAACUCGGUUCCUAUUGGUGGAUAUCACAAGAACUCGGUUCCUAUUGGUGGAUAUCACAAGAUCUCGGUUCCUAUUGGUGGAUAUCACAAGAACUCGGUUCCUAUUGGUGGAUAUCACAAGAACUCGGUUCCUAUUGGUGGAUAUCACAAGAACUCGGUUCCUAUUGGUGGAUAUCACAAGAUCUCGGUUCCUAUUGGUGGAUAUCACAAGAACUCGAACUCGGUUCCUAUUGGUGGAUAUCACAAGAACUCGGUUCCUAUUGGUGGAUAUCACAAGAUCUCGGUUCUUAUUGGUGGAUAUCACAAGAUCUCGGUUCUUAUUGGUGGAUAUCACAAGAACUCGGUUCCUAUUGGUGGAUAUCACAAGAUCUCGGUUCUUAUUGGUGGAUAUCACAAGAACUCGGCUCCUAUUGGUGGAUAUUACAAGAACUCGGUUCCUAUUGGAUAUCACAAGAUCUCGAUUGAUAUCCACCAAUCGGUUCCUAUUGGUGGAUAUCACAAGAACUCGGUUCCUAUUGGUGGAUAUCACAAGAACUCGGUUCCUAUUGGUGGAUAUCACAAGAUCUCGGUUCUUAUUGGUGGAUAUCACAAGAACUCGGAGGAGGAGGAUGAAGAGAAGAAGGAUGAAGAAGUGGAGGAAGAGAAGGAGGAUGAAGAUGGAAUGAAAGAAAAUAGAGGUGGAAAAGGUUGA